CUUUUUAUUGGCUAAAAACCAGGAAGUCAAUUUGAGGGGCGCGAAAACGGCUCCUGUCUAUCCAGUGGGUUGCUAAAGCAACGCAACAUUUUCCAGUUGCUUUAAUUUUUAGGCUUUACCCGCUUUCCCUGUGGUCAUGUGUGAAAAGAUUAAGAAGGUGAACAGCUGGUUGGGGGCAGUGUUUGGUGAUCAGCCGGUGCCACAGUUCGAGGUGAACAGCAGGACAGUGGACAUACUGUACCAGCUGGCUCAGUCCAGUGAAGCCCGCUGCAAUGAUACAGCUCUCCUCAUAGAAGACUACAAGCAGAAAGCAUCAGAGUAUCAGGCUGACGCUGCCCAUCUUCAGGAUGUUCUUCUGCAGGGUGUCGGCCUGUCCGGGGCAAGCUUGUCAAAACCAGCUGCAGACUAUGUGUCUGCUUUAGUGGACAAUGCGAUGCUGCUGAGAGUGAGAGACACAUCACUGAGCAGCUUCUUGCCAGCAGUCAACAACCUCACCAGUGAGCUUUUGGAAGCCGAGAAGUCAAACAGAAGACUCGAGAGAGAACUCAGGGCACUCCGAAAAAGGCUGGGUGCGACUCUGGUGCUGCGGGGGAACUUGCAACUGGAUAUCGACAAAACUGCCAAAUCUCAAGCAGCGGAGGGUGCGAAAGCAGAGGAGAGGCUGCUCAACAUGGACUUUGUGACGGCCAAAGCUCGAGAGCUCAGUAACAGACUGGAGAGGUCAGAGGCUCAGCUUGCAUCCAGGAACAUGGACAAGUCUAUCACCCACCAGGCCAUUGUGCAGCUAUCUGAGGAAGUCAGCGCGCUGAAAAACGAAAUAAUCCCCCUGAAAACGAAGCUGGAGCCGUACAUGGACCUGAGCCCUAGCCCAUCUCUUGCACAAGUGAAGAUAGAAGAAGCAAAAAGAGAACUAGCUGCACUUGAUUCCAAACUUGAGAUGAAGGUGGAUUUUAAAUGAAGUUGUAUGUCGCACAGUGCUUGUCUUUAAAACAAUAAAGUUUUUGUUUUCA